CCGAAAACACAACUGUUUGUUUGGGUACAAAUUCUGACCCAUUGAUCAAGUUUUCUACUAUCAAUCUGGGUCACUGUGACAAAUGAACUUUGUCCCCUACAUUACAUAAGUUAUUUCGUAUUUAUUUUUCAUCUGAAGUGAAUCUUACACUGAAAGAAGAUGAUUGAAUCCAUUUUUUAUUUGCUGUUUGUAUAUAUCUACCUUGUCAGUGCUCUGUUUGUCAACUUUCUACAACUAUGUUCCAUGGUUAUAUGGCCGUUCGAUAAAAGUCUUUACCGAAAAGUUAACUGGUGGUUAGUUAGAUCUUAUUGGAGCCAAUUUACUUUUGUGGCUGAAUGGUGGUCUGGCUGUGACUGUAUACUGUACAUGCACCCAGAUGAAAGAGAACACAUUGCUACAGAACAUAUUGUUGUCAUAAUGAACCAUACAUAUGAAAUUGAUUGGUUGAUGGCAUGGAUUUUAGCUGAAAGAUAUGAUUUAAUUGGUGGAACCAAGAUAUAUGGCAAGGAAUCACUACGAUUCGUACCUACUAUGGGUUGGUCCUGGAUAUUUGUUGAGAGUAUAUUCUUAAAGAGAGACUGGAACAAAGAUAAAAAACGCAUACAUGAUGGUGUCAAGGAACUGGUUGCCUUCCCUGAUGGAUACUGGUUUACGUUGCUCCUUUUUCCUGAAGGAACCAGAUACACGCCUGAGAAACAUGAAGCCAGUUGUGAAGUGGCCAGACAGAAAGGCUAUCCUGAACUCAAACAUCAUCUCUUACCUAGAACUAAAGGGUUUGCUUAUUCUAUGCAAGAAAUGAAAGGGAAAG